GUCUAAAUGUUUUCUUAGCAAGGUGAAAGUCAAGAUGGGGGAUAAGCCUGCAAAGAGAAGCGCUUUAGUAAUCGGAGCAGGAAUAUAUGGUCUAAUUACAGCAAAAACACUGUUACACGACUCCGCAUCAUUCUUUGACUCUGUAGAGCUUCUCGAAAGGAAUGAAGAGCUUGGAGGAGUGUGGGCAAAUAACCGCAUUUAUGAUGGAUUGACCACCAACUCGCCACUUCUAACUUACGAGAUUCCCGACUUUCCAUAUUCAGAUGACCUUCGUAAGACCGGACGGCACGUGAAGGCCGAGGAGGUAAAUCGCUACCUUCAAGAUUAUGCAGAAAAGAAUAGUCUCGUCACUCGAAUCAAGUUCCACCAUCAUGUUCAAGAGAUAUCUUGGGACUCCGAUCAGCGACUUUGGAUUAUCAACGGACACACACAAAAUCAAUCCUUCUGCUUAUCCUCUACACAUUUAGUGAUCUGUACGGGGCUAUACCACGCUGCACAUGUGCCUCCAAGCUUACAGGGGAACAAUGUCGCGGAUUUUGCUGGCAACGUGUGGCAUUCUUCUCAGGUUUCUAAUCUUGAUAUUCAGCAAGCAUUAGCUGGCUCCGGUGAUAUCGUAGUGGUUGGAGCUGGAAAGUCGGCUAUUGAUUUGGCAACAUUGCUAGCACAAGGUCAAUGGUCUGUAGAAGAUUCUCCAACUGUCAACCUGGUCUACCGGCAGCCGCAUUGGCUUUCACCUCGUAAUAUUCUUCACAAUACCGUAGCAUUCGAGAAGAUUCUCUUUUGCCGCUUCGUGAACGCGUGGCUACCAUUUGCCAAUCCUCCAGAUAUCUUCCAUCGCUAUGUUGCUGAUACUGCUCUCGGACGCUGGUGUACGAGAAAGAUAUUUGAAAUUGUCUCUUGGGACUUUAUCACCUCAAACUUACAACAAGACUUGCCGCAGACGAUACCUAACAACCCUUUGUCAGGAGCACUAUCGGGCGCCUUGCACGUUACGCCAGUCAGCUAUCUGGAAAGCGUCCGCGAUAGAAAGAUAGAGAUUUUCGAAGGACAUAUCGCGUUAUUGCGUGGGGACAAAGCAUAUAUUGUUGACAAGUCCGGCUCUACACAGAUUGUCAAAGCCGACAAUGUGAUAGUUGCAACAGGCUAUAACUUGUCCUUGCCCUUUCUUUCUAAAUCACUACUUGAAGAUUUGGGUCUUGUAGCUAGAGGAGAUCUGGCUAGAAUACCCAAUACGGAAGACUUGCCAUAUAUACGCCUUCAUCGCUUAGUAGUUCCACCAGAAGCAAUACACCAAUCGUCGUCCAGGACAACUGAGAAUUCGAAGCCGUACCGAAACAUUGCAUUCAAUGGGUUUGCAUACAGCCUGUUGAAUCCUACCGUUGCUUUCGUGACUGCCAACUGGAUUUCUGAUUAUUUCGGUGGAAAGAUUAGCCUCCCACGCCAAGAUCGCAUAGAGGCUGAUAUUAGUAGAUUUUAUUCAUGGCAGAUUGAAAGUUUCGGAUCAAAAGGUGCGAAAGGGGUUCAUAUUGGCUCGCACGCCACGUUAUAUACGGACCUCCUUCUUAAAGAUAUGGACCUGCAAUCUGGGCACGUGAUUGAUGGGGGUUUUGUUAGUCGUACAAUCCGAGAAUGGUUCCGACCAAUGUUUCCUGCUCUAUAUGCGCGCGUGGCUCACGAACGUUUGUUGAGAGAUAAGAAGAUAGGUUGAAGAGUUGUAUUUGAUACAAGAUCAGAUAGACAUCUCCAAAUAGCAAAAUUGAAGCCUA